CUGUGUCAUUCACAAUUCUGUAUUUAUUCUUUGGCUCGGUCACGUAAAGAUAACCUCUCUUUUCUGAACUUUGUAAUUUGUUCUAUUCGUAAUUGAUUUUUUCACUUUCGAAUAAGUUUGACUAGGAACUAAAUAUGUACUCUCCGUAAUAAUUAUACUCUGUUAUUAAUUAAUAUUUUGGAUUACGUUGACAGUACGAAUUAUAUUACUUUUUCUUUAAGGUUUUCGUAUAACUGAAUUUUUUAUACCUCGUCGACCACGACACGUGAUUAUUGUCAACUUUUCAUUUUACAGUUAUGCUAGUAAUGAGUUAGAGGUUAAUUUAAUUAAAUCGUUAUAUCGAUAUGUAUUAGAAGUCCUCUAAAUAAUGUGACCUAGUCACAGAGUAAACAUAACGUCAUUUGUUUUAAAUUUUAGUUUAGUAACAUAUAUCUGUAACUGCGUCACUAAUAGAGUCAAAUAAUAUAUUUGACUGAUAUACUGAUUGCCUGAAAAAGAAUUGUAGCAAACCUGCUUCAUGGCUGCGAUUUUGUGUUUGAAAAAAAAAUAAAACAUGUACAUGUUUUGUACUUGUAUUACAGAGUCAGAUUGUCAGGCAGAGACCUGUGAAAGCAAUGAGAAAGAAUUUUUGUUUUAUUAUGUGAUAGUCUUUAACCUUUAGCAUUCCGCAAGUUUUGGAACAUUAUGACGGUUGUCUCUGUAGCGGAGCUAACACAGCGCUAAAGUGGAUAUCGAUUAAAAUUGUGAAAAAUGAGUGAUGCAAAGGCGUCGGGUUUGCGACCUCCAUCCAAGAUCGGAAGGCCAUGCUGUACAUUACCACCGAAGCCUGCAAUUCCACCUUCUCCUCCGAGAUUAUCUAUGACCGAAUCGAUGGACCAUUUGUGGGACAAUCAGCGUCGCCGAUUAAGCGAGGCUGGCGCGAGGCGAGCUUCAGAUACCAGUGUGGUACUGAACGAGGACACGGACAGCUUCAUAAUAGGAGAUCGAGUAUGGGUCGGUGGGACGAAACCCGGGCUCAUCGCUUACAUCGGAGACACCCAAUUCGCACCUGGGGAAUGGGCUGGAGUCGUUCUCGACGAACCCAUCGGGAAGAACGAUGGUUCGGUAGCGGGGACUCGAUACUUCCAAUGCGAGCCGAAACGUGGAAUUUUUUCGCGAUUGACCAGACUUACUCGGCAACCUCUAUCGGAUGCGUCUUUGUUCUCGCCGAAGAGUCCAACGUCGCCGACGCAAAGUACAAAGGGUGCUCUGGACCGGACUUCCUUGAACGCCUCCACGACGAGCCUGUCCUCGGUGUCCCAUAAAGACUUGAAGCUGGGAGACCGGGUGAUAGUGUCAUCGAACCAGGGAAGCAAAACCGGAGUCCUUAGGUUUAUGGGAAUCACGGAAUUCGCCCCUGGUGAAUGGUGCGGCGUGGAACUGGAUGAGCCAGUCGGCAAGAACGAUGGAUCCAUCGACGACAAAAGGUACUUCGAGUGCCGACCCAAGCACGGCCUCUUCGCCCCGCUGCACAAAGUAAGUCGGUCGCCGUCCAGCAGGAAAUCGACGAUGUGCGCCAUUCACAAGCCCUCCGGGCCCUCCUUGACCACGUCUCAGAGGAAGCUGGGCUCCAGGGAAUCCCUCGCGUCGGUCUCCAGCAUCGGGACCAACGCGAGCACCGCUGCCAGCGUCUCCAGGGUCUCCGCAUCGUCCACGGCCAGGAGAGCCGGCUUGCGCACCUCUACACCCGCGAGAAGCUCGCUCCAGGAGGCCACGAGGGAGAGGCAACAGGAAAUCGAAAUCCUCCGUAAAGAGAGAGAUCUGGAACGCGAUCGAGUUACAAAGGCUGCCAGUCAAGCGGAUCAAGCGGAGCAGGCAGUGGUCACCCUUAGACAAGAAUAUGAGAAGUAUCGAGAAGACAUGGAGAGGAUGGUGCAAGAAGCUCAGUUCGCUUACUCGAAAAUCUUGGACGAGAAGAAUUCCUUGGCCAUGCAAUUGGAAGAAGAAAGACGAAAGUACGAAGACUUACUUUUCCGUUUCGAAGAGGAGUCCCUCACCCGGGAUGAUAUUCAGAAACGGAAAAGUGAGCACAAUGUGACAAAUGCAUUGAACGAAGCAAAAAUCAAGGACCUCGAGAAGCAGCUUAUGGAAGAAAGAGAACGAGUAUUGCGACUCGAACAGGACAGUACGAAAUUAUUCGAGGCGGAGGAAGAGCUGACUCGUCUUCGAAGCGAAUUGUCUUCGACCACGCUUCAUGAGCAAAGUGUUCUCCAAGAGCUGCGUGAUCGAAAUGAGGUUUUUGCUAAAGAGAGGGUUGCUUUGGAAGAAGAAUUGCAAGAAAAGAACACAUCGCUGGAGCAAUAUGUUGCUAAACUCAAGACCCUGGAAGAUAGGCUGAACCAAAACCAUGAAGAGAUGACCUCGAUGGAAACCUCGAGACGGGUUCUAAUCGAAGAGAUAGAAAAGCUCAAACUGAUUCUGGAGGAGAAAAGUUCCCAAAUCGAUGGCAUGACGAAGGAGUUCGACGCUAAGAACUCGGCAUUGGAAGAAGAGCUGCAGCGCGUUAAAGAAAUGGUCAAAGAGUAUACAAAAAUCGCCGAAGAGAAGGACGCCAUGAUACAGAAAGCCAAAGAGUUAGAGACUGAAUCUGCGAAAAAUCUGCAAAUCCGCGAGACUGCUCUGGAGGAAGUGAAGGCUGAAACCACGAGGAAAAUCGAACUCCUCACUGCCAGCUUCCAGGAACAACUCCAGCAAAAGGAUGAACGAAUAACAGAACUGAAGACUCAGCUGGAAAACGCUAAUCAACAAGUAAAGAGGCUCGAGAACGAAUUAUCCGUCUUGCAAGACUCUGGAAACGACAAAGAUGGGCGAUUGGAAGAAACGUUGAAGACUGUCGGAGAAUUGAGUACAAAGUUGAAGUCGGUAGAGGAAAAUAACAUUUCUCUCCAAGAUGAACUUCAGCAACUUCGCGGAAAGAACGAAGAUGUUAUUCGAAAAGCUUCCGAAACGGAACAACAGUUGAAAGGAACGUUGGCCGCAAUAAUUGAAGAAUCCGUGGCAAAAACCGAUGAACUGAAGAAAGAAUGGAAACUGAGAGAAGCCGAUUUGGAGAAUCUACACAAUGCUAAAAUAAUGGAAGUGGAAGAAUUGUCGAGACGCCUUCAAGAUAUGAUAAAGGAAAAGGAUAAGUGCUUGCAAGAUUUGAAUGAGAAAUUUGCGCAAAAAGAGAUAAUGUUGAAGGAAUUAGAAAACGUGAUCGCCGCUCGAGAUUCCGUUAUAAUGAAAAAAGAUGAGGAGGUGGGAGAUCUUUUGAAGAAAAAUUUAGAUAUACAGCAAAAGAUGACUCUACAUGAAACUUCAAAGUUAGAGUUGGAAAACCAAGCUCAAGAGUACAAAACUGUCAUCGACGAUUUAAAGAAACAGUUGGAAACAUCUCACGACAAGACCGUCCACCUCACUAAACUACGGGAAAAGUUGGAAUCAGAGAUAGCUGACCUAGCUAGUUCGUCGGCGAAUUCAUCAGACCAAUUGUCAAAAUACAUCGAAGAAGCGAGGAGGAAGGAAAAGGAAUUGGAAGAAGUGCGAGAACAAGCCUCCUAUGCGGAAGGUAAGCUGAAGACGACUCAGGGCAAAUAUCAGGAAGCUGAAGAGAAUUUAAGGAAAGCUCGAGCGACCGUAGAUCAGCUUAAUUCUGAGUUGACCGAGAGCAGGCUUCGAGUCGACGAAGAACUGAAAUUAAAGGCUGAACUUCAUAAGAAGAUCACUGAUCAGGAGAAAGAAAACGAAAGGCAACUUGCAGCGAUCGUAGAGAAGGACAAGAUCGCGGAAGAAGAAUUGCAGCGGAUAACUUGCGAGCUUUCCGAAGCGACGAACCAGCUGCAAAACGCGAAAGCAGAAAUAAUUACCUCUGCCGAAAAGUAUGCCCUUUUGGAGAAGUCUCAUGCCGAAGAAUUGGCAACUCUUCGAAACCAAAGGAAUGAUAUUGAAUUGCAGUUGACAUCCUCUUUGAAAGAGGUUGAAGAACUGCGAAAUGUAAAAGCCAAGUUGGAAAUUGAUCGGGAAACUGGAGAAGGGUUAAUCAAAGAACUGAACGAGAAAGUCACCAAAGAAGCUGACGUUCAGGUGAAGCUGCAGUCAGAAUUGUCUGAGAAAGAUUCAAGACUAAGUGGAUUAGAAACGAGAAUAGCAGAACUUGAAGAGGAAAGGAAGAAACUAGAAGAAGCAGCGAGUCUUCUCGAAAGUCGAUACAACGAGAGCCUUAAGGAAGUGGAACAUCUAAAAUCAAAUUACUCGUCCACAGCUUCGGAAAUAUCCUCGAGACUUGAAUGUUCUUUAAAAGAAAAGGACCAGAUUGCAGCCGAAAGAGACGAGCUUAAGAAGUCUUUGGAGGAAUCGACGGGCACCGUGGAAGAACUAAAGAAAAAAUUAUCAGACACCACCGAAGAGGCCAGACUUAUGGAAACAAAAUUAUCCGAAGCGAGAGGCUUGGAAGAGCAGAACAAACUUCUGAUAGCAGACUUGAAUAAUGUCGUCGAAGCGAUGAAGAAAUCGCGGGUAAAAUUAGAGGCCGAUUUGGAAGAGUCGCAAGAGGCCUUGAAGAAGAAGCUGCAAGAAACCGAAGAAACGAGCUCGGAUAAAUGUAACUUGGAGAACACCGUAAAGAUAUUGGAAGCAGAAUUACUUGCUUCAAAGACCGAGUCGUUAGCAAAAGACGAUACUCUGUUAAAGCUGAGACAAAGUAUCGAGGAAUCGUCCACACGAGAAGUGGAGAUAUUGAAGGAACAGCGAAGUUUGCUCGAAGCUGAGCGGAAAUCUUUCCAGGAUACUUGUGAUGAGAUGAAGAGACAAAUCGUCGAACUGCAAGACGAAAAUGGAAAGUCUACGAGCAAGAUUAAUGAGCUAUGUCACGAGUUGAAGGCGAAAGAGGACGCCAUGAAUCAGCUGAGCGUCAAGAUGACGACCUUAGAGAAUUCCCAGAUGGAGACUUCGAGAUCGCAGGACGAGAUUUUCAAACUGAAGAAAGAAUUCGAAAAGUCGCUGGAAGCGAAGCAAGUCGAAAUUAAUAGAGUUCGUGGAGAGUACGAGAGCCUAAAAUUAGCUAAGGGUUCUUUGGAGAAAACUCUUGAAGAGACGCGAACGGAAUUGGACGUCAUCUCGAGUGCAGCCAAAAGUAAAAAGACGGAAGCUGAGAAAAUGGUGAAGGAUCUCACGGAGAAACUAUGUCUCGCGGAACAGGAAUCCUCUCGGUUAAGAGAAGCACAAAAUAGUUUGGAGAAAGACAAGCAGAUUCUUGCAGAACUGGCUAAACCUCUGGACAAUUAUUACUUGGAAUCUAGUUCAAACAAUGCAGCAAUACAGGGUAAAGGAAACGGUGUUACACAGAACAACAAUGAGGUGUCAAUACAGAAGUUGCUAGAGGAAAAUGAGACCGUGAAGAGUCAAGUGGACUUCCUCAAUUCUGUAAUAGUCGACAUGCAACGGAAAAAUGAAGCGCUCACUUGCAAGAUCGAAGUUCUGGAAAUGGGCGUACCAGCCAACGAAGCGGAUGAUUACAGCAGAUCGACGUUGGACAAACGAGCGGCUGCGCCGCGAUUAUUUUGCGACAUCUGCGACAGAUUUGAUUUGCACGAUACAGAAGAUUGCCCUCGACAAGAACAGGACUUCGCCGAUCCUGCUCCGACCACGAAAACGAAGAAACCACCCAUCGAAAGACCCUACUGCGAGAAUUGCGAAAUGUUCGGACACGAUACUCUUAACUGCGACGAUAAGGAAACGUUUUAACCUAUUUCUUGCCAGAGGUAACCGGUUAGAAGAACUCGUUGAAUUUUCAGAGUAUAUUUUUAUAUUGAAACUUAAGAUCCGAAUUCUACUCUUAAGCGUGUCUUCCCUCACGUAAAAUGAAUUACCUUAGAAUAUUUUGAGAGAUAUUCGAAAGGUGGAUUUUUUUCUUCUAUCACUUGCCUCUCACAUCACGUCUUUACGAUACUUAUAAACAAGUACUAAGCUCUUGUACACCCUGAAUAACAAUUGCUUAGUAGACGCGGAAAAAUAUAAACAAAUUAAAGGACUGGAUCCACGUAAAGCCGUGAUUUUGUGAUAAAACGUAUUAUGAGUUUGUUUACAAUUGCAACCGUUUGGAAUACUUGCCGUGAAAGUUGACCACUGCGUUUGCUCAAUAUCAGGAAAAAAAUGUAUUAACUGCUGGUGCACGGUGCUAAAUAGGAUAUUCGAUGAAUGAAAAUAAUCGAAGAAUCUGGCGUUAGUAAUAGCGUCAAAAGAAACGAAUUAGAUGAUUACCAUGGGCUUCUUGAAAAAUCAGGAAUUGUUAGUGAUAAUAGCGUUCACUUAUAGAUCCAAUUCUUCCAAAAGAAUUAGACAAGAACUCAUGCCAGCGAAUUAGUUGAUAUUUCUAAAUCAUCUGAAUGCGCACAUUUCUUUAACAUUUAAGGAGCGUUUAAGAUGUUUGGUUUCGCAAAUUUGCGUCGACUCGCAAAUUUAUUACGGACUUCCAUAUGUCAAAGAACGUUUCGUUUGUGUACAUAAAUCAGUUAUUUAUAUUAAUCUCGGCACUAUUUAAUAUUUAUUAAUUGUCGCGUAACAUUGAGCUUCGGCAGAAAGAAUAGUUCCUCGAUAAUACCUGCAAUAACAAAUAAGCAAGUAGAAUUGCAUAACUUUUAUUGACGCAAGUACUACGAUUAAUGAAUUAAAAAGUAUUUCCGCUAUUAGCUCUGCGACUUGCGAAAACGUUUAUUCAGACUUUCUUUGUCGACAAAUGUAAUUUAUUUUUUCCUCUUUACUGCACGGGUUGCACGUGUGAUGUGUAUAUUACGUUUUCAAGAAUACUUAUCAAUGGGUUCUCGUAAUUCGAGGAAUCGAUAGUCAUUGCAAACAAAAAUAACUACUAGUAAAUAUAAUCCUAGUACAGGAUGGAGCAAAGUUAACUCGCCGAUUUAGUUUCGUUAUAAUUAUAAAAUUAAUCCUGUGACUGCGAAGUCCUUUCGAUAUAAAGGAGAAAUUCAUCAUCAUUCAUAUGCUUACAAAAUGAUGAUAAUCUAUAGAUAAAGUCGGUUGCGACUAUGAAAAUAACAAAAAUGAACAAUUGACAUCUAAUGACAUUGUGCCAAUAAUCACCUCAAGAACUCACUAAUAAUUAAUUGUAUACAACUACGGAGUCUAUUACUGUUGUUACUCUCGCCGAAGGGUUGCAUUUCCUUCGCCAAUUACUCCAGAUAUUACUGAUUACGUAUAACACUUCGCUCGAACAACUAUUGUACAGAGUUAUAUUAUCUCUAAAUUAUUGAAUUCUGAUUCAAAGUAUUUUCUAGUAAAGUCUUCGGUCACAUUAAACCUGCAUUAAACUUGCCAGAAAGCUUGCAAUGCCACUCCUUUCUACACAACGGAUAUUCAUGGAAAAUGUGAUUAGUUAUAGUCAAUUAUACAAAUUUUGUUAAGUUUACCAAAUAAUGUUACAUUAAUAAUACUCAAGGAUCAAACUGUAGUGCAAAGACGACCGUCAAAAAUGCCAUCGCACGAAUUAUUAAUGGUUCCUUAAAAUAUAAAUCUAACAUAUAUACA